AAAAAAAAAAAAAAAAGGCAGUGAUGCGGGUAUGAGGAGAGGAGUUUGGCAGGGAUAGGCUACAACUCCAUGGCUCUGGGCUGUGGUCACUUAUGGCUUCGGCUGGGGGCAUCCACCCUCCAGGGACCUCAAGCACGCCCUUUUCUCCAUAUAGGGAGUUUGAGGACAUCACCAAUGCGAGCUUUCAUCUGGACAUGUGGGACCUGGACACUGUGGAGUCUGUCCGACAGAAGCUUGGGGAGCUCACAGAUCUGCAUGGGCUUCGCAGGAUCUUUAAGGAGGCCCGGAAGGACAAAGGCCAGGAUGACUUUCUGGGGAAUGUGGUUCUGAGGCUGCAGGACCUGCACUGCCGAGAGGACCAGUGGUACCCCUUGGAACCCCGCACUGAGACCUACCCAGACCGCGGCCAGUGCCACCUCCAGUUCCAACUCAUCCACAAGCGGAGAGCCACCUCGGCCAGCCGCUCGCAGCCCAGCUACACAGUGCACCUCCACCUUCUGCAGCAGCUCGUGUCCCACGAGGUCACCCAGCACCAGGCGGGCAGCACCUCCUGGGACGGGUCGUUGAGUCCCCAGGCUGCCACCGUCCUCUUUCUGCACGCCACACAGAAGGACCUGUCCGACUUCCACCAGUCCAUGGCGCAGUGGCUGGCCUACAGCCGCCUCUACCAGAGCCUGGAGUUCCCCAGCAGCUGCCUCCUGCACCCCAUCACCAGCAUUGAGUACCAGUGGAUCCAGGGUCGGCUCAAGGCAGAACAGCAGGAGGAGCUGGCCGCCUCAUUCAGCUCCCUGCUGGCCUACGGCCUCUCCCUCAUUCGGAGGUUCCGCUCUGUCUUUCCCCUCUCUGUCUCGGACUCCCCAGCCCGGCUGCAGUCUCUUCUCAGGGUCCUGGUACAGAUGUGCAAGAUGAAGGCCUUCGGAGAACUGUGCCCCAACACUGCCCCAUUGCCCCAGCUGGUGACUGAGGCCCUGCAGACUGGCACCACUGAAUGGUUCCACCUGAAGCAGCAGCACCAUCAGCCCAUGGUGCAGGGCAUCCUGGAGGCAGGCAAGGCCUUGCUGGGCCUGGUACAGGAUGUCAUCGGCGACCUGCACCAGUGCCAGCGCACGUGGAACAAGAUCUUCCACAAUACCCUCAAGAUCCACCUCUUCUCCAUGGCUUUCCGGGAGCUGCAGUGGCUGGUGGCCAAGCGGGUGCAGGACCACACGACGGCUGUGGGUGAUGCAGUGUCCCCAGAGAUGGGCGAGAGUCUGUUCCAGCUCUACAUCAGCCUCAAGGAGCUCUGCCAGCUGCGUCCAAGCUCCUCAGAGAGGGAUGGAGUCCUGGCCCUGGAUAAUUUCCACCGCUGGUUCCAGCCGGCCGUCCCCUCCUGGCUGCAGAAGACAUACAACGUGGCCCUGGCGCGGGUGCAGCGCGCUGUGCAGAUGGAUGAGCUGGUACCCCUGGGUGAACUGACCAAGCACAGCACAUCAGCGGUGGAUCUGUCCACCUGCUUUGCCCAGAUCAGCCACACUGCCCGGCAGCUGGACUGGCCGGACCCAGAGGAGGCUUUCAUGAUCACUGUCAAGUUUGUGGAGGACACCUGUCGCCUGGCCCUGGUGUACUGCAGUCUUAUAAAGGCCCGGGCCCGCGAGCUCUCUUCAGGUCAGAAGGACCAAGGCCAGGCAGCCAACAUGCUGUGUGUGGUGGUGAAUGACAUGGAGCAGCUGCGGCUGGUGAUCGGCAAGUUGCCCACCCAGCUGGCAUGGGAGGCCCUGGAGCAGCGGGUAGGGGCCGUGCUGGAGCAGGGGCAGCUGCAGAACACGCUGCAUGCCCAGCUGCAGAGCACGCUGGCCGGGCUGGGCCAUGAGAUCCGCACUGGCGUCCGAACCCUGGCCGAGCAGUUGGAGGUGGGCAUCGCCAAGCACAUCCAGAAACUGGUGGGCGUCAGGGAGUCAGUCCUGCCCGAGGAUGCCAUUCUGCCCCUGAUGAAGUUCCUGGAGGUGGAGCUUUGCUACAUGAACACCAACUUGGUACAGGAGAACUUCAGCAGCCUCCUGACCCUGCUCUGGACCCACACGCUCACAGUGCUGGUAGAGGCGGCCGCCUCCCAACGCAGCUCGACCCUGGCUUCCAACAGGCUGAAGAUUGCCCUGCAGAACUUGGAGAUCUGCUUCCACGCUGAGGGCUGUGGCCUGCCGCCUGAAGCUCUGCACACUGCCACCUUCCAGGCUCUGCAGAGGGACCUGGAGCUGCAGGCGGCCUCCAGCCGGGAGCUCAUCCGGAAGUACUUCUGCAGCCGCAUCCAGCAGCAGGCAGAAACCACCUCUGAGGAGCUGGGGGCUGUGACAGUCAAGGCCUGCUACCGCGCCUCUGAGCAGAAGCUGCGUGUGGAGCUGCUCAGCGCCUCCAGCCUGCUGCCCCUGGACUCCAACGGCUCCAGCGACCCCUUUGUCCAGCUGACCUUGGAGCCCAGGCAUGAGUUCCCUGAGCUGGCUGCCCGGGAGACCCAGAAGCACAAGAAGGACCUUCACCCACUGUUUGAUGAGACCUUUGAAUUCCUGGUGCCUGCCGAGCCGUGCCGCAAGGCUGGGGCCUGCCUCCUCCUCACCGUGCUGGACCACGACACGCUGGGGGCCGACGACCUGGAAGGCGAGGCCUUCCUGCCACUGUGUGAGGUGCCUGGGCUGAGUGGCUCUGAGGAGCCUGGUGACGUGCCUCAGACCCGCCUGCCCCUCACGUACCCCGCACCCAACGGGGACCCAAUCCUACAGCUGCUGGAGGGCCGGAAGGGUGACCGAGAGGCCCAGGUCUUUGUGAGGCUGCGGCGGCACCGGGCCAAGCAGGCCUCCCAACAUGCCUUGCGGCCUGCACCGUAGGCGUAGAGGUUUGCGGUGGGGCUGGGUCCCUGGUGGGGACCUGCAAGGGCUCUCCUGUAGGGUCUGGGGCUUCCCCGUCACAGCAUGGCCUUCCAGCCUGGCCUGACACCUGGGGAGCCCCAGCAUGCGGAGCGUCCAGAGUGCAGACCCCCCUGCCUUCCACGGUGAUGGGGGCUCAGCAGCGACACCCCCUCUCUAUUCCCACCCGCCUGCCUCCAGCCCUGGCUACAAUGUCUCCACCACAUCCCAGCACCAGGGGGAGCAAACCCUGCCCCGUCCCCCUUUCGGAAAAGCUGCUCUGGUGGGCAGGGGAUCGGGCCAUCUGCCUCCUGGCCCAUCUGCCUCCUGGCUUUCCUGUUCCAGCCACUGGGGUGGGGUCCAGGUUCACUGGAACCAGGGCGACAGGUGCAGAGUCUCCUGGGGAAGGGAGGGGGACCCUGCCAAAGAGGAGGCUCCAGCUGCCCUGAGGGGAGGGUGGUGGUCAUUACUAGAGGGAGCCUGGGUCCUCUCCCCAGGGGCUGCCAGCAUCCAGGCCAGGAGGCCUGGAGCCAAGAACCUUCUGGCUCAGAGAGCAAGAGCUGGCAGGUGGCGGGGCUAGCACGGACAGACGGAAGCAGAAAGGACAGUUGGGCCGCUGUGUCUGCUACGCAUGCCUCCUCCCCAGAAAGCAUCUGCCACCUAGAAACUUUCUUAGCAAAAAAAAUAAUAAAAACCAAUCCUUUGUCCUCUUAAAA